AGCUGCUUUUAUUUUGAAAAUUUGAGCGGAAAUCCUGUGUUGAACAUCCUCGAGAAUGGCUCUGCAACAGCCUUCUUCCAAAUCGCAGUAGCUUUUCGCGCGUUUCUUCAGGAUAUUUGUCCAUGCAUUCUUUAAAAGAGCUCUGACAGCAACCAUGGCCGAGCGGGAGGAGCGGCGCUUUGCUCAGGUCUCCAGGGAAUCGGUGGCUCUCAUGGCUGAGAGUGCAGGGGUGGAACUUGGCGAGGAGAUGGCGGCCGUGCUGGCGGAGGACGUCUGUUACAGACUCAGAGAGGCUGCUCAGAGCUGCUCUCAGUUCAUGAAACACGCCAAACGGAAGAAGCUGACGGUGGAAGACUUUAACAGAGCUCUGCGGUGGAGCAAUGUGGAAGCCGUCUGUGGCUACGGAGCCCAGGACGCUCUGCCCUUCCGCUCGGGGAAAGAAGGAGAGCUUUUCUUCGUGGACGAUCGGGAGAUCAACCUGAUCGAGCUGGCUCUGGCCACCAACAUCCCCAAAGGCUGUGCUGAGACCAUGGUGCGAGUGAACGUGGCCUACCUGGAUGGGAAAGGAGGCGUGGAGCUCCAGGGAGCAGUACCGACUGCAGUCCAGUCUCUGUCGGACGACCUGCUGAAGUAUUACCAGCAGAUCACUCGAGCCAUCCUGGGAGACGACCCCCACCUCAUGAAGGUGGCUCUGCUGGACCUCCAGUCCAACUCCAAGAUCGCUGCCUUGCUGCCGUACUUUGUUUACGUCAUCAGCGGAGUGAAGUCCGUCAGCCAUGACCUGGAGCAGCUCAACAGACUGCUCCACAUGGUGAGGAGCCUGGUCCAGAACCCCUACCUGUACCUGGGCUCCUACGUGCGCAGCCUGGUGUCCAGUGUGAUGUACUGCAUCCUGGAGCCGCUGGCGGCCUCCAUCAACCCUCUCAACGACCACUGGACCCUCAGAGACUACGCUGCCCUGCUUCUGAGCAACAUCUUCUGGACACACGGGGAUCUGGUGAGUGGACUCUACCACCAGAUCUUGCUUUCCCUCCAGAAAGUUCUGUCUGACCCGGUCAGACCACUGUGUUCCCACUAUGGAGCUGUGGUGGGGCUCCACGCUCUGGGAUGGAAGGCGGUUGAGAAAGUGCUCUUUCCUCACCUUCCUGCGUACUGGGCCAACCUCCAGGCUGUUCUGGACGACUACUCCGUCUCCAACGCUCAGGUCAAAGCAGAUGGACACAAAGUCUACGGAGCCAUCCUGGUGGCGGUAGAGCGUCUUCUGAAGAUGAAGGCUCUGUCCCUGUCCCAUCCGGGAGAGUGGUGCUUCAAUGCUCAAACUGGGUCUCUGGCAGCCGCUGUCGGUUACAGCUCCCCGGGCCUCAGCCCCCCCCCAGAGAGUCUUUCAGAAGCCGCCUUUGGCAUCGCCAGCCACCUGCAGGCGGGGAGCGGCGGCUGUCCGUGGGAGGAGUGGGCUCCCGUGUCGCUCCCUGCCAUGUACUUGGAGCUGUACUCCUUUUUCGGGGACAGCCUAGCUGUCAGGUUCAGUACAGGGCCCGGUCUGGACAGCCCCCCUUACUGCCCGUCAGCUCUGCUCCGAGAGCCCAAGAAGGAAGCUCUCGGCCAGGGCUCCAACUCUGACACGGCCCGCAAGAUGCCGCAGCUCACCGCCAACCUCAGCAUCAGCCCCCGACGGGACGGGAGUCCUCGCACGGAUCCUCCCCCACCCAGCCUGGCAGCUGCAGGGCCCGGAAGGUCUUUGCCGCGCUCCUCCUCUGCGCAGCGCUCCAGAUACUCCUCGUCCCGCUCCGCUCAGCGGUUGACGGGUCUGCCGCGGGACGUCUUCCCCAAGGCCCGCUUUGCCUCCCCUCAAAACGGGCCCCCGACCUUCUCAUUCGUCAUCGGUGGACGACAGAUGGGCCAGCGGUGCCAAGGUCGCCGGCCCUUUCAGACUGUUUUUGCUCCGACCCCGCCCCCUGCCGCUGUCCCUCCUCGAGCCUACGCCCACAAACUCCCAGUCAUAGGCAGAGUUGGGAAACCUGUGAGGCGUUGGACUUGUUCCCAUUAUUCCCUCCUGCUGCCGCUGUAGAGCCGCCUGUUCGUGGUCAGUGCCGUCGGAUUAAAGCUCUUCUCAUUGGUG